GACUCGGCCGGGGCGCCGCGGCGCGGGCCGGGAUGGAGUGAGGGGCGAGCGGCGGACAGAGCGCGGCCCUGCGGCCCCCGCCCGUGUCUCGCUCCGCCCCGGGUCUAUGCGGCCCCCCGGAGACCAUGGGAUCCAGGAUCAAACAAAAUCCAGAAACUACCUUUGAGGUGUAUGCAGAAGUGACCCACUCAGGAAUCAGCUGCAUUGGGAAAGAUCCUGAGGUGCGGAGGCAAUUCCCAGAGGGCUACAGUGACCAGGAAGUUCUACAGACUCUGACCAAGUUUUGUUUCCCCUUCUAUGUGGACAGCCAUGCCAUUAACCAAGUUGGGCAGAACUUCACGUUUGUGCUCACAGACAUUGACAGCAAGCAGAGGUUUGGGUUCUGUCGUUUAUCUUCAGGGGCCAAGAGCUGCUUCUGUAUCUUAAGUUACCUCCCAUGGUUUGAAGUCUUUUAUAAACUGCUCAAUGUCUUGGCAGAUUAUUCAGCAAAAGGACAGGAUAGUCAGAGGAGUGAGCUCCUGGAAACAUUUCAUAAACUUACCAUCCCUGAGCCAGGAACCUCUGUUCAUCUUGGAGUGCACUCUUACUUUACUGUGCCUGACACCAGAGAGCUUCCCAGUAUACCUGAAAAUAGAAAUCUGACAGAGUAUUUUGUGGCAGUUGAUGUCAACAACAUGCUGCAUCUCUACGCCAGCAUGCUGUACGAGCGCCGCAUCCUCAUUUGCUGUAGUAAGCUGAGCACUUUAACUGCCUGCAUCCACGGGUCUGCGGCCAUGCUCUACCCGAUGUUCUGGCAGCACGUUUACAUUCCUGUCCUGCCCCCACAUCUCCUGGACUACUGCUGUGCCCCCAUGCCCUACCUCAUUGGAAUACACUUAAGUCUGAUGGAGAAAGUAAGAAGCAUGGCCCUGGAAGAUGUGGUGAUCCUUAACGUAGACACCAACACACUGGAAACCCCUUUUGAUGACCUUCAGAGCCUCCCCAAUGAUGUGGUUUCUGCACUGAAGAACAGAUUGAAGAAAGUCUCUACAACCACUGGAGAUGGUGUGGCAAGAGCGUUUCUAAAAGCACAAGCAGCUUUCUUUGGGAGCUACAGAAACGCCCUGAAAAUUGAACCUGGUGAGCCCAUCACUUUCUGUGAGGAAGCGUUCGUGUCGCACCGCUCGUCCGUGAUGAGGCAGUUCCUGCAGAAUGCCAUCCAGCUCCAGCUCUUCAAGCAGUUCAUUGAUGGACGUCUGGAUCUGCUGAACUCUGGGGAGGGCUUCAGUGACGUGUUUGAAGAGGAAAUAAAUAUGGGAGAAUAUGCGGGUAGCGACAAACUGUACCACCAGUGGCUGUCCACAGUGAGGAAAGGAAGUGGAGCCAUUUUAAACACAGUAAAGACGAAAGCUAACCCUGCCAUGAAGACUGUCUAUAAGUUUGCAAAAGAUCAUGCAAAAAUGGGAAUAAAAGAAGUGAAAAACCGCUUGAAGCAAAAGGACAUUGCUGAGAACGGCUGCUCGGCAGCACCAGAGGAGCCCCUGCCAAGGACAGCACCGUCACCACUGGCUGAGAAGAAGGACCCAAAAUUAAGAGAGGACAGAAGACCAAUCACAGUACAUUUUGGUCAGGUAGGUCUUAGUGUAAAGUUGUUCUCAAUCAUGUGGCUCAGUAAAAAUAGUUCAGAGAAAAGUCAUGAUAACGAAUAUGCCAACGCUUCAUUACCUUCAGUCACUGAACUAUGCUAUUUUAGUUUUAUUUCUCUUGUAUCUGUUUAAAGGGGAUUCCAAAACCUGAUUUUUCUUGGGUUUGCUGAUUCCUUUUGUUUAGAUGAUGAUUUUGAGGAAAAUAAACCAUAAGUGAAUGGGAGGUAAAGCAUAAAUAUUGUAGCAAUUUUAUAAACUAUUUUGAGGCUGUUGUAGCAUGCAAGGUGCUGCAGCCCUCAGGACUGAGGGUGUAGAAUUUAAAACAUCCCCUGUUAUCUAGCCAGAUCAUUAGUGUCAAUAUGGAACGUCCAACUAUUAAAGCAUUUGAACAUUCUCUGAAAAUUAAAUGCGAUGAACUAAGAUGGAAAAAUCAAUUAAUAGCUUGUUAGUGUGCUCUGUAUUCCGUAUUGACAGCUGAGCUGUUCACGUUAGUUACUCGUGUAAUGUUUCCUUUGAUAUGUCUGCAAAACAGAGAGUUUGGGGGGAGGUUGAAGAGCAGCUAUUUAGAAAACGUUGUAGUUGCUGUGAUUUUCAUGGAAAAACAGCCAGUAUUUAUUUCAGUUUGCCAGUGUUUCCCUAUUAAGGAUAGACUCAAAAAAUAACAUGAUUUGUGUUCACAGUUCUCUUUUCUUUUGCUGUAUCUAUUCUUUACACUGUUCUGGCCAGAAACAGAAGAGAAUAUCUGAUUUCUUCUAAGGAAGCAAAAUGUAAUUUUAAAGGAAUUGUAAAACAUGAUAAAAUGUGGAGCAAACCAGUUUUAGAGAAGUGUCUAUGAAUAGAAACCAGUUGGUGUGGCUGCACUGACUGUUCAGGUAUUAGAUGGGGCUACCCGAGGUCUGCUCAGUGCUCAGAGCAAUGUUGUCUGCAUCAUCUCAGAAUUUGAUUUAUUUUUUCAGUACUUUCACCAGUGUGCUAAAUGUAAGUUCUUGGAGACUUUUUAAAAAUCGUUCUCUUCCAAUUAAGUAUUUUCAGUAGAGAUGUAUUUUUCCUUUACCUUCUUUGCCACUACAGUUGAGAGGAAUUUGGGCUACUGGAGGAAUGCAGCCAUCUAGCUCCAGCAGGGACAUGUUACAUUUCAUUUGAAGCAGUCAGAAAUCAGAUAAUAUCACAAUUGAUUUUUAGUUUUUGCUUUAGAUAUUUGUGAACGAUGGAUGGUUCAAACAUGGUGGUAGAUUAAUGAAAUAUAUAUUUGAGUGGUAAGUGCAAAUUUAAAUUCAUGAGGUUUUUUAACAGUCGCUUUCAAAUUUUUUAAUGAUCACUUUUCUGUGUCGAAAGAAGCUCACACGAGCUUUCCUGACCCCUGGCUGUGGGGAGAGGCUCGCUGGCUAAAUGCUUAUUGCUGUCAUCACAUUACAAAUGUUGGUUUCCAAAAACCCGUCUGACUUAGCAGCUGUGGGGCUGUCUGACUCACAGCCUUCGUCCUGGCACGGGUCUGCUUCUCCUGAUAGCCCAGUGCCAAAACAAAAAUGAAAUCAUACCUUCAUUUAAAAGGGAAAGAUGUUCAGGUUUAUGAAAUAUAGAUUAAGGCUUUGGGGAGGAAAAAAGCAGCAACAUUUACUCUAUAAAUGGGAGAUGGCUUCUAACUCGUGAUUAAAGGCAGAGAUUUUAAUGUCACUUUUAACUCUGUCUAGAAUACAGAAGGUGGGAACAAUUAAAAAGGCACAAGAACUCUGAAAUAAGAGCUGUUUGUGCAUUCACAGCUCUUCUAAACUGAAGAGGAUGAAAGAGGCUUUUUUCUCAUUGUCAGGGCCUCUCUCGGAGCGCAGCAUUGUGCGGCUGGCAGCGCGGUUUAAAAUG